GUGUCUCUGAAUGUGGUAUGGAGGUUGGUGACAUCCACCCUAGAAAAAUGGCUAGUUUAGCGUAAAUGGAUCCAUUUAAAUCAGGGGAGUACACGUAUUCCGAAUUUUGGAGCUUGAUAUGCAAAACGGCGGCGAAACCAUGAGGAAAUAGGAUUUUUGGAAUCUUGUUUUCGCCUGGUACUGGUACAUGUCAAUCGAUAGUUCAUUUGUGGAAUAUAUCAGGAUUUUUUUUUAAAUAAAAAAAUGGCGACAUUUGUUAAUGAAGUUGACAUCAAUUAUGCUAUCGAAUCUGAUCCUGAAGUUGACAUUAAACUUCCUGAUUCCAUUGAUACAUCUGACAAUGAUUCCAUUGAUACAUCUGACAAAGAAGACUUUCCGGAAGUCGAAGACGAACUGGAAGUAGAUGUAUCUAUAUUUGGCGAGAUUGAAGGUCUAGCCGACGUGACUCUAGUGGUUGAGGACCGACGUAUCCCCGUUGUCAAGGCGGUACUUUCACUCGCAUCGCCUGUUUUCCGGGCCAUGUUCCAGUCUGACUUUAAGGAGAAGAACCAAGAAGAGAUACGUCUUGAUGGCAAAAAGCUCGAUAUUUUUGUGACGUUCCUGCGAUGUAUCUACCCUGAUCUAGAGGAAGAAGUUACAGUAGAGAACGUGUACGAUAUCAUUUACCUUGCAAACGAGUACCAAGUGUCCCGUUUACUUCGAUCGUCUGAGAAAGUAUUAUUGGUCGAAAUGGAAAAAUUUGAAGAUAUCGAAAAAGAAAAUUGCUGUUUAGAGGUUUACCACCAUCUUGCUAUUGCAGACACGUGCCAAUUAGAACGACUCAAAGCUUUCUGUGUUAGCAUCGCCUCAGAUGCUUGUCAGGCUGAUAGAGAUGCAGCAGUAGAAGUCCAUCCGGUAUCGAGUGAUAUUCAGAGAUGCAUUGAAAAGCGAGUGAUAAGAAAACAAGAAAUUUACCUUGCUGAUUAUGAUGCCUUACUUGGUAGUCUGAAUCAUGAUUCCAUAUGUGAUAUUCUUAAACAAAAAUUACAAAUAGUCGAAAAGGCCCCAGCAUCCUUUGGAACUCCAAUACAAAACGUACAGACACAUGGAGGAUUUACAUUUACCCAAGUGCAACAAAAACAAAAUAAAUCAUCAGUUUUACGAGGUUCUCCUGUAAGUGUGUCAAAUGCAAAAGGCACAACACGAGAAGCAGACGUUCAGGAUUUAUGGAAAAUGCAUUUAAGGAAUUUGAGAUGGGUUUACAAACAUACCCCAACUGAUGACAAAUUAAAGAGACAGGCCAUCUAUUGGAUAAGGCAAGCUCAACAAUGGUUCCGUUGGAACAUUGCAUGCGCAGAGGAGUUUUCUCUACUCCCAGAAAUUGCCAAGCAUGACAUAAAGGGGAGAUAUAUCAUGAAGUACUGACUGAUGGCUUUAUUCACUAGUCAAAUAAACCAUGUUGUAGGUUUCGCUGUACUAAUUUGUGCGGUGUAAAUGAAUAGCUUUUUUAAAUAGCCGCACGCUAUAUAGUUAUUGAAUGUUUAAGCUGGGCCUAUUUGUUACCGUUCCGAUUUAGACGAAAACAAAGUAAACACUCUCAAACAUGGAGCAAUAUCAAUUUACUGAAGUGCAUGUCAUUAUAUAUGCAAAAAGCUACAGAAACAUGCUCAGUAGCAAAAAGUUUAAACAUAAACCCGGUUUAGUGGCAAUGGACAACGCCAAUAUAACAUGUACCAUUAAACGUGUUCUGUUGAUUUCAUUGGAUAAUCAUAACUUCCAUCUGAUUGACAUUCGGUCUCAAUAAAUAUCUUAACUUUCAUUAUUUGCUGCUGUUUUCCUUUUCCUGACGAAGAGUUGUUAAUUAUUUUCGUUUUGUUUUGUUGUAGUCCCUUUUAUUCCAAUUCAUUUUAGAAUGUUGGAAAAUAGAACACUAGAAGUAAUCGCUCGUCGUUAAAAUCGCAAACAGUUCAGUUAAGCAUGCUUCUUUCGAUGCCGAUUAUUUAAACAAUUAUUAUUUAACAAUUCUUUCUCAACAAAUCUCUGAGUUAACAAUUAUCUUAGGCGCCUUCCACAGUACCAAAGUCGACUCGAAGGAACAAAACAUGUUUCAAAAGUGUUUGGAGAAGAACUUUUUAAGAUAUAUUUAUCUUUCGUUCUAAUCCUUUUUUAGAUUGUACAUGUGUUUUCUGUUUGUCUUUAUGUUAUGUGUGUAUACGCUGAUGAAUAAAAUAUGU